ACUCUGGAAGGAGAAAGGGGUUCCGGAUUAGUCAAGUUGGUAAUUACAAGAAAUAACUAGACACCGACAUUGAAGUACUCUACUCUUUAACGAGUUUAGCGUUUUAAGCUCAAAGAAAAAAUCAAUGCAUUUUUGCUAUUAUCUAAAUAACGUAAAUAUUUGAAACAUAUUUCGGAAACUGUUCAUAUGCAUGAGGUAUUCCACAAAAAAGCCAUAAAGAAUAUAUUCUUCCUGUCAUAAGCUGCAAACAGUAUCAUCCGAAGGCGAUUCCCGAUUCCCAGUAGAGAGUGCAAACAAAGAGCGUUGCCUGGUUGCCUGGGAAUGGGAAUGGGAACCGCACAAAAGCACAUUUGCGUCUAAUUAGUUUCGGUGGCAAAUGAGUGAGCCGGAGUGAGCCGAGUGGCUAGGAAUGGGAUGUGGAGGUGCGGAGGUGCGGAGGAGCGGAGGAGAAGAAGGAUUGGCGAGUGGGAGCCCAAGAUGAGUGGGUCGGGGUACCGCCGUUUGUUCGGCUGAAAAUCGCUACCAUUUGCUUCUCAGAACUGCGGAUGUGGGUGCCCCGAUUGUGACUGGGAAAACACAAUUUGAAUGCCCGGAACGUGCGGAAAUGCACUUUGAGCGAUGACGCAAAGAUUUCCCCUUGGCGCAUAGAACACUACUUAAGGAUAGGUGCACAUUGGUCCAUUCUAUUCUUGAGCUUUCCCAGAUUGGAUCUAAAAAUGAUUUAGGUUCAGCAGAAAAAACAAUGUUUGUCUAAGCUAUUUUCACAAGACCAUUAAUAAAGCAAUUAUCUAUUCCUGCGAAAAAGACAAUGUGGCCACAAUCAUCAAUUAUUUAAAGUAUGCAAAACAUUUUCAUUUGUAGACACACCCCAUAAGACACUCUGCAAUUAGGCAGCCAAAUAAAGGAGGUUCUUACAUUUUAAUUCAUUCGCUAAUACCUUGAUUGUAUGUUUCGUGAAUAACUAACUAGUUAUUGGACAACUAAACAACUCGUAUAAAUGCAAACUGUGAAGGUCCUGCCUUCAGUCUUUAGGUGACAAAGUUCAAGUGAAAUCCAAGCCUCAAAAUAAACAUUAAAAUAUGAUUUUCAAGUACAUCCAAGAGCCAGUCCUCGGAGCUUUGCUUCGCUCCCGAGACUCGCUGAUCUACUUAAACAGAUCCAUAGAUCAAAUGGGAUGGAGGCUGCCGCCACGAACGAAGCCAUAUUGGUGGCUUUACUACAUUUGGACAGUGGUGGUCAUAGUACUCGUCUUCAUCUUCAUACCCUACGGACUCAUAAUGACUGGAAUAAAGGAGUUUAAGAACUUUACGACCACCGAUCUGUUUACGUAUGUUCAGGUGCCCGUCAACACCAAUGCCUCCAUCAUGAAGGGCAUCAUUGUGUUGUUCAUGCGGAGGCGAUUCUCAACGGCCCAAAAGAUGAUGGACGCAAUGGACAUCCGAUGCACCAAGAUGGAGGAGAAGGUCCAGGUGCACCGAGCAGCGGCCCUAUGCAACCGUGUUGUGGUGAUCUACCAUUGCAUAUACUUCGGCUACCUAUCCAUGGCCCUAAUGGGAGCUCUGGUGAUCGGAAAGACUCCAUUCUGUUUGUAUAAUCCACUGGUUAACCCCGUCGAGCAUUUCUAUUUGGCCACUGCAAUUGAGUCGAUCACCAUGGUCGGCAUUAUUCUGGCCAACCUCAUUUUGGACGUGUAUCCGAUCAUAUAUGUGGUCAUAUUGCGGAUCCACAUGGAGCUCCUCAGUGAGAGAAUCAAGAAACUGCGCACUGAUGUGGAAAAGGGAGACGACCAACAUUAUGCGGAGCUGGUGGACUGUGUGAAGGAUCACAAGCUAAUUGUCGAGUAUGGAAACACUCUGCGUCCCAUGAUAUCAGCCACGAUGUUCAUCCAGCUGCUAUCCGUUGGCCUUCUUUUGGGCCUGGCAGCGGUUUCCAUGCAGUUCUACAACACCGUCAUGGAGCGUUUCGUCUCCGGGGUCUACACCAUAGCCAUACUUUCCCAGACCUUUCCCUUCUGCUAUGUCUGUGAGCAACUGAGCAGCGAUUGCGAAUCCCUGACCAACACUCUGUUCCAUUCCAAGUGGAUUGGGGCUGAGCGGCGGUACAGAACCACGAUGUUGUACUUCAUUCACAAUGUGCAGCAGUCGAUUUUGUUCACUGCUGGCGGAAUUUUUCCCAUAUGUCUGAACACCAAUAUAAAGAUGGCCAAGUUCGCUUUCUCAGUGGUGACCAUUGUAAAUGAGAUGGACUUGGCCGAGAAAUUGAGAAGGGAGUAAUUCGGCUUAUUCUCACAAAUUUAAUCAGAUCAAUUUUAGAGAGUAGUUGUGCACAACACAAAGUAAACAAGCAAUAAAUGUAGAUUGUAGAUCAAACUGAAAAAUUAAAAAAAAAACUGUUUGCACCUUCACAUAACAUAACUUCUCUGGCAAACAAAACAGAACUCCAAUUUUACUAUUAUAGCUUGCCAUUAUACGGUGGUAAAUGGGGAGCCCUCUUAUCUGGAGACUCCUCCUCCUCGUGGCACCUGCCGCUGGAGCUCUCUGCGCGUCUGAAACUGCCGUCCGGUCCAUUACAGUUAUGGGCAGUUGAAGGCACUGCUGCACAUCUGCGCCGUCUUCUAAUUUCGAAUCGUGUUCCACAACAGCAACUCCAAGUGCAACACGUACUGGAGAGUGCAGCGCCAUAAAAAGCCACAAUAGAGCUCCCGAGUUACUCGUGGCGGCGAUCGCAAGAAAUCAGGAAGGAACCGGACAAAGGAGCGAUAAUGAACCGGGAGACGGAGUAUAUCGACCUCGAUGGUGCUCCAUUCCAUUCCAUUCCAUUCAGGAGGGCAUUUCGCGACUUACAAGCUCGUUUUCCCGCUGCUCGCAUAUCGCAUUACCAUCCCACUUGUUGCCCGACAUCGUCCCCCAAUCAUUAUAUCCCAAUCCCCCACUUCACCACUUACCCACUCCGCCAAGCCCAACGAUCUGCGGCUAAUGAUCCCCAACAGUGUCGAAUUUCGUGUACAUAGUUUAUGGUUAUGGAUUUGCGCACUUGUCAAUUGCAGUUCGAUCAUAGCUAGUACUCGCACUCGGUCUCGUUUUGGAGUCCCAGACAAAGCGAACGUGCAGCUGCAUAAAUAUGGAGAACUGUUCGAAAUAGACGGAAUCUCCCCUCAUUAAAGGUGGUUGUAAUAGAUGGGAUCCGACUUGAGAUCGACUGGGGAAUACUGUUAGUUGCUGCAUAAAAAAAGGUCACGAAUGCUGAUUAUACCAAGUUAAACGAUUUGUAAACUUAUUUUAAAGGUAAUCUCAAAACUGAACUUUAAAUUUCAACUUAUUUUUUGACUUGAAAA